GUUUUUCCAUGACAAAUGAGGGAGAUAGUGCAUUUACAAGUUGGUCAGUGUGGGAAUCAAAUUGGGGCCAAGUUUUGGGAAGUCAUCAGUGAUGAACAUUGUAUCGAUCAAACAGGCAGUUACCAUGGAGACAGUGAUCUUCAACUGGAUAGAAUCAAUGUCUAUUUUAACGAAGCCGCUGGGGGACGCUACUUGCCUCGUGCUGUGCUUGUGGACCUGGAACCUGGCACAAUGGACUCUGUAAGGUCUGGACCGUUUGGCCAAAUCUUCAGACCAGACAACUUUGUAUUCGGUCAAAGUGGUGCUGGCAACAACUGGGCUAAGGGCCACUACACAGAGGGAGCAGAACUCGUGGACUCAGUUCUUGAUGUGGUCAGGAAGGAGGCCGAGAGCUGCGACUGCCUGCAGGGCUUCCAGCUGACACAUUCCCUGGGUGGUGGUACUGGCUCUGGCAUGGGUACCCUGCUCAUCAGCAAGAUCCGCGAGGAGUACCCUGACCGCAUCAUGAACACCUUCAGCGUGGUGCCUUCCCCCAAGGUGUCCGACACAGUGGUAGAGCCCUACAACGCCACACUAUCCGUUCACCAGUUGGUUGAGAACACAGACGAAACCUACUGCAUUGACAAUGAAGCGCUAUACGAUAUCUGUUUCCGCACUCUUAAACUGACCACUCCUACAUAUGGUGACCUCAACCACCUCGUCUCUGCCACCAUGAGUGGAGUCACCACUUGCCUGCGCUUCCCUGGUCAGCUUAAUGCUGAUCUCCGCAAACUCGCCGUCAACAUGGUGCCCUUCCCACGUCUGCACUUCUUCAUGCCUGGCUUCGCACCCCUUACAAGUAGGAAUGGUCAUCACUAUACUGCAAUACGAGCCCUCACUGUACCAGAGCUCACCCAGCAGAUGUUCGACGCCAAGAACAUGAUGGCUGCCUGUGACCCACGUCAUGGCCGCUACCUCACAGUGGCUGCAGUCUUCCGUGGACGCAUGUCCAUGAAGGAGGUGGACGAGCAGAUGCUCAAUGUCCAGAACAAGAACAGCAGCUACUUUGUGGAAUGGAUCCCCAACAACGUGAAGACCGCUGUCUGUGACAUCCCACCCAGGGGACUCAAGAUGGCCGCCACCUUCAUCGGUAACAGCACUGCCAUCCAGGAGCUGUUCAAGCGCAUCUCCGAGCAGUUCACUGCCAUGUUCAGGCGCAAGGCCUUCUUGCAUUGGUACACAGGAGAGGGCAUGGAUGAGAUGGAGUUCACAGAAGCUGAGAGCAACAUGAAUGACCUGGUGUCUGAGUACCAGCAGUGCCAGGACGCCACACUUGAAGAAAACUUUUAUGAGGAUGAAGAGAUUGCUUAAAACAUUUUUGGCCAACCAGAUUGAAUUAGCUCAUCAUUGUUUUCCAACAGCUGUUGAAAAACACAGUCCUCCUCACUCUCUCAUCUCUGAAAUCAUCAUUGUGCAGGUUUGGCUCAAACACAUCACUGUCUCUGUCAUUCUUCUGUUAAGGGUGUUGUUGGCCCACAUAUUUGUAGACCUCGCCUAUUUGACCUUUUUCUUGUUGUUCCUGAACUGCAGUCCUGACACAACAACAACAACAAACUGUUGUACAUGGUUUUACAGUUGACAAUAAAUGACACAUUUGUUUUA